UCUAUUUGGAUGAGGGUCUAAUUAAGGAGGGAUCUAGAAGACACGUGAUUAGAUUAAGGGAUUAAAACAGGGUUUUACUAAUUAAGGAGGGAUCAAAACCGGUGCGAUGUGUCCAUUUAAGCCCAUCAUCAGAGUCUCCUCAACCCUCUUCCACCAAACCUCCCCUCUCUAUCUCUCUCUCAGAUCAAAUGGAGCAGCACUCAGAUCCAAAGUGGGAAGCCAAGGUUUCUGCAACCCUAAAAGAUGCCACAGUGGACCAGAUAUGGCCUCUCUUCAAAGACUUCUUUAAUUUCCACAGGUGGUUUCCAACCCUAUCCACUUGCCAUGGGAUUCACGGAACCAACGGUGAACCCGGCUGUGUCAGAUAUUGCUCGGGGUUCUCAAUCCCCUCCAAAAGUGGCGAGAAGUCCGUCAGCUGGUCCAAGGAACGAUUAAUAGCCGUUGAUGAUGCUGACCAUAGUCUGAGCUACGAGAUCGUGGAGAGCAACCUUGGGUUCAAUUCGUACGUCUCGACGUUCAGGAUUGUUCCGCGUGGGGAUAUUGAUGGUCGAGAUGGGUGCGUGAUCGAGUGGUCCAUAACCGUUGAUCCUGUGGAAGGGUGGGUUUUCGGUGAUCUGGUGAGGAAGUAUGAGUCUGGGUUGCAGAAAAUGUCUAAUAGAAUAGAAGAUGCAAUUUGUAUUUGAACAUUACUUAAAUUAUCUCAUCACAGCAUUACGCCAAGACGCCAAAUUUGAAUUCCCUUGUUAUUGUGGAUAAACAAUGCAACACAUGCAUCAGUCUCUGGAA